AUGUAUGUUGGAUACCUCCUGGAUAAAGAGAGCGGCAUGUAUCACCAAGGCCCCGUGCGGCGUUCCAGCAUCAGCCUGCCCCCCCAAAACUUCGUGUCCUCGCCGCAGUACCCUGACUUCAGCGGAUACCAUCACGUCCCCAAUAUGGACUCGCACGGCCACGGUCAGGCGGCGGGCAGCUGGGGGCCGUCGGCUUACGGACCCUCCCGGGAGGACUGGAGCGCCUACGGCAUGGUGCCCCCGAACCCGCUGGCCACCCCAGUCAAUAACUCGUCGCCGGCGCAGGUGUCCUACUGCUCGGCCGAGUACACUCACAUGCACCCGCCGCCCGCCUCCGCGCUCCUGCAGCCGCCACCGCCCACGGACGACGGGAGCGGUGGAGGCGGUGGAGGCGGUGGCAGCGGCGGCGGCGGCGGCGGGAGCGCGCACAUGUCGCCCGACCGAGAAAGGCGCAACUCGUACCAGUGGAUGAGCAAAACUGCGCAGUCUUCCUCCACAGGGAAGACAAGGACAAAGGAAAAGUACCGGGUGGUGUACACGGACCACCAGCGGCUGGAGCUGGAGAAAGAGUUCCACUUCAACAGAUACAUCACCAUCAGGAGGAAAGCCGAGCUCGCUGUCAACCUCGGCCUGUCCGAGAGACAGGUGAAGAUCUGGUUCCAGAACCGGCGUGCAAAGGAGCGCAAGCUGAUCAAAAAGAAAAUGGGCCAGUCGGAUGGUAGUGGGGGCUCCGUGCACAGCGACCCGGGUUCUGUCAGCCCCCUGCCAGUUCCGGGCUCGCUGAGUCCCACAGACAUCCACGGCACCCUGUACCCUGCCAUGAGCACGUUGCCGUCCAUCAGGAACAUACAGCAAGUGACUGUGAGCCAGUGA